CACUGACAGGCACCUAUAGGCGGCACUGAUGAGCACUGAUAGGCAGCACUGAUAGGUGGCACUGAUGGGUGACACUGAAAGGCAGCUCAGAUGGGCACUGAUAUGUGGCAUUGAUGUGCACUGGUAGGCACUGAUAUGUGGCACUGAUGGGCACUGGCACAAGGCACUGAUGGACACUGACAGGUGGCACUGCUGGGGCUACACUGAUCAUCAGGGCACACUGAUCAUCAGUGCCCUGAUGAUCACUGUCAGCGUGACAGCUCGAGAGGAGAGAAAUGCCGAUAACCGGCAUUUCCCUGUUUACAUGUGAUCAGCUGUGAUUGGA